GGUCAUGCGCGCUCGCUUCGUUCUCAAGUGGGCAGCUGAUGGGAAAGGUGGCCUCAAGGCCAAGGCAAGACUAGUCCUUCAGGGAUUUGCUGAUCCCGACCUACUGCAAGGUCAACUCGACACUUCAUCGCCCACUUUGUCAAGGAGCUCUCGCCAGGUGAUCAUCGCCAUUUCCGAGGUGCUUUCCUGGGAGCGCUGGACUGCCGACGUUGCAACGGCAUUCCUUCAGGGUGAUCCUCAGCAGAGGAUCUUGUGGGCUCGGAUCCCCAAGGACGCUUGCGAGUUGAUCGGCGUUCCUCCGGGCACCCUCAUGCGCUUGAUCAAGCCCCUCUACGGACAGGCUGAUGCUCCAAGGCAGUGGUUCGCAGUGGCGAGACGCCGUUUACUGCAGUUGGGAUUCCAAUCCCAUCCUCUGGAUCAUCUCCAAGGAGACAAGCGGACGAAGAUCGAGGUCAUGGUCACAAAGCAAAAGAUGCUUUCCAUGGACACGAAGCUGCGCUGGGUUAGCUCAGAGAUCCAGCUAGCUGAUGGAGUCACCAAGUCCUCAGCAAGGCAGCUGUUCGCCGACCGGUUGAGGAGUCAUCAAAUCUCCCUUCGGUCAGACAUGACCUUCCAGGCCGCCAAGAAGAAAACGCUGGCUGAACGGCAGGCCAAUGCUCGCAAACAUGCGAUCAGUCGAUCAGGGAAUCGACACAGCCUGGCCUACAUGAUCCUCACCUCGCAGAUGAUGAUGGUGCAAGCCAUACAGCCUAGCUUCGAGAUGGCCCUGGACUUCGCUUUCUCUCCUGAGAUGACCCUCACUCUCUUCAUCCUACUGAUGACCAUGGCGGAGACUGCCCUCGAGAAGAAUGUGUUUGGCCUCCUCAAGAUGGAGAUCACACGACUUCAACAAGACCUACGAGAUUCAGAUGCCUACAACGCCCAGCUCAAGGACCAGCUCGACGCGCUGGAGGGCGAGAACAACGAAUUGGAGAAGGAAGUGGACGACCUCACCCUGAUGCGGGACUACUUGUCCGGUGACAUCGGGGAGCUCGACGGCAAAUACAAAGAUGUGAGAAUCAAAUGGCAGACUGCCUAUGACAAGCUGGAAGCCAUCAAGUAUGAGCUUGAUCGCAACCCAGUGCCAAGGUCAGUGUGGACUACAAGAACGGGCAGCAAGUACCACGUCUACCCGGACUGCCAAGGCCUUUCUGGGGCCGAUGCUGGCACGAUGAGGCAGUAUGACUACUGCGCCUUCUGCGCCCAGCAGGAGAUGAUGAAGUGGCGAGAGUUCUGA